CUACGAUGUAAUGUUCGGCAAAAGCAUUUUAGGAAAUAUGAGAAGGAGGACAUGAAACUAUUACUUCGCUAUUGCAGCCAAUUUUGUAUACUUUUCAGACGAAAAUUAACAAUGUCGCUGAGCUCUUGUUGGACUUGGAAGUACUGCCGAACAGGGCCUAUCUUUUGUGUUAUAGGAUGUGUUCUCAUGAUAUACUUCUUCGUGAUGGACAUUCUAGUGUUCAAUUAUAUACAAACAAUGACGUUUCUGGAUCCUCCAAACAAGGGAGGCUACUCGCCAUUACGAUCGCUGUCCGUCAAGCUGUUGAUGAUGGACCACAUGGCUCAUUAUAUAUACAACCCCAUAGCUGAGGCAGUGGUGACGCUUUUCGAACCCACAGGAGUUUACCAUAUUAUUACACCUAACGUCAUCAGUAUUACUGGAUUGGUCCUUGGUUUCGUUUCCGGCAAAUUUGUAUCGAUGGAGUCACUCCAGUGUAGACGAAUUGGUAUACUCAUAUUUGAAUACCGGAUGUGGUUAGACGUCUUAGAUGGCGUUGUUUUCCGUCAUACUUCCGGGAAUCCAGUUUACAAAUCCCACAGAACGUCUCUAGGAUUUUUCAUUGACGUUGAUUGCGAUAUUUUCAGUGGAGUCGCCUUAGCUUUCGGUUGUCUUUUCUAUUUAUGGAAAUAUCCUCCAAUACUUGCAUCACGUGAUCUCCUACCUCAGACAAAGCCUUUCCUCUCCGUGCGGGGCUUUGAAGAUGAUACACCUGCUAAGUUUAUUGGGACCAAGGCAACAAAAAACUACAUAUUUUCCAAAGCAUUGAUAUACGGUGUGGUAAUUGUGAUAGCUUCUGUGACUUGGGAUAAUGUGGUACAGGCUUAUGUGGAUCUCCUACAGACUCCAUUGGAAACAAGUAUACAUACGGAGAAACAGACCGUGGCCCUUCACUCCACGGUGACUUUCCUAAGUAUGUACCUUUGGCGAUUCGGCGGAUCUCAAGCAUUACUGAACAUGAUACAGAUUGCAGUUUUUGCUGACAAAUUAUGGGAGUUUCUAAAUUUCAUUCAGUACGCCGGAUUCAUUGGGCUGGCGAUGCUAAAUUGUAUAAGCUAUAUUCAAAUAUAUCAUUUACGAGAUGUAUUAUUUGUGUCACCAUCCUGAAAUUAUAGAAGAAGAUGGAGCAUGUCGCCUUUAAGGUGCAAUUACUCGUUUAGUUUCUCGUUCAACUACCAAGAACAUUACUAUCAAAUAAGCUUGAUUAACAGCAUAUAUAAUAAGCAUGGUGCUUUAUGCAUCAAUAAUUAUAUUUAUUAUUUUCUAAAUGUCAUAUUACAUGUUCUUAUAUUGGAAUAUAAGAAAUAGUAUGUCCAGUAUGUACAAACCUCCACGUUGUGUGUUUGGGUGUGUUUGUGCGACAAAACAUAUUACUGUAUAUCCGGUUGAAACAGCAUACAGGUUGUGUAUAUUGAAUGUUUAUUGUACGGGUAAACUUAUAAAUCUAUAUCAUGUCUGCAUUCGUGUUGAUAUUCAUGGUAUGCGCAACAUUGUCGCAUGGCAAUGAUACUCGUUGUUCGAACAAAGUGGUGUCAGUCCUUCAUGUUUUAAAGUGGCAAAAACAGACACAAAUAGCUAGCUAGCUUCAUCAAUAGAAAUGAGAGAGAGUCCAUAUGAUCGAUGCGUCACUGUCAAUAUCUUUUACAUUGUUUGAAAGGAAAUAUGUUAGUGCAUUAUCGGUGACGCACUAGGUAUGAAGUGUUCAUGUAUUUAUUCAUGUAAGUACUUUAUAAAAUAAUUUAUACUUUAUAAACAAAAUAAAAAGUAAUAUUGUAUUAUACAAAUUGACACACACAUCCGGAAUAAUUAGGUGAAAAUACCAUUAAUUCAGUAACAAUACAAGUGACACUCACAUCAUACAAUUUUAUAAAAAAAAAACACUCUGUACGGCGGUAUACUAGACAUACAAGUAACAUAUUGACAGUUCAAUUGUAUGUAUAAGAUACAAAUAUAUAAAUAUGUAUAACCAACACUGGCAAAUUUGUUAAGUCCACCAAACGUCGUUGGGGACGUAUUGUUUUUGGUGUCCUUCUUCCGCAUGGUUCCGGAGUGUGCAAAGCGGUUCAUUUCCGACCUAACUUAGUAUGUAAGUGUAUUAUGACAUUGCAAUUUGUUUUGACUACAUGGUCUCUUUUUGGGAGGAUGGUAUGGUUAUACAACGGUUACCCCUUGCAACUGAAACGUGUUAUAAGUUGUGUUUCCUUGAUUCAAAGUAAAACUAAAAGGGAGAAAGAUGCCGAGGAAGGUUUUUCUGGAUGACAGUGCAUUUGUCAGCUUUUCGUGUUAUUUAGAUCAGAAACUUGAUGACAAAAUCAUGUAAACAGUUUAGAGUACCAUAAUAAUAAAUUAUGUAUAACCAAUUAAAAAAAAAU